GGCAGGAAAAGUAACUAAGAAAGAAUUGGAGGAAGUGUGCUUGUUACUCAGCGAGGACAUCCAGAACGUUAAAGCCCCUUAUUCUACUUUUAUAUACAGACCUGCCAGGAGUGAACUGGACUCUUUACAAUGCAAAGGCCAAAUAAUAUCAGGCAUUCAAAAAAGCAAAGCGUGGAAUUCACCUAUAAACCACUGUGAAUAUAAAGAAGGGAGAGAACGACUGAACUUGAAACAUCAAGCACUGGUUUUGCUUAAAUUUCAAUUCACAAGAACAUAUUUAUCUCAGCUAUGGUAUUUUGGAGAGCAAACGUAAAUCAUUGAUGAAGGAACAGCAAUGGGAUCUGCUACGUUCAAAAAGGCAGCUUCAUUGGAUGAAAUUCUGUAUACAUGCAUUGAGAUGUUUGAUGAGAAAGGGAAUGUUGACAGCAACCAGUUACCAAGAAUUGUCUUGUUAAUGCACCGUUGGUAUUUGUCUUCUACUGAACUUGCUGGAAAACUUCUUUCAAUCUAUCGCAACGCCAGUGGAGAUCACUGCAAUGAACAUCGAUUAAAGACAUGCUAUUUUAUAAGAUACUGGAUUUUAGAGUUCCCUGCAGAAUUCAAUUUGGAUUUGGGCUUGAUUCGACUGAUGGAAGAGCUCAGAGAACUAGUUUGCAAACUGGGACACGAAGAACAUAUAAGUCUUAUAGACAUCUCUACCAUCCCAUCAUAUGACUGGAUGCGAAGAGUCACACAGAGGAAAAAAACAUCAAAGAAGGGAAAGGUUUGUCUUCUGUUUGACCAUCUGGAGCCGAUUGAGUUGGCAGAGCACCUAACAUUUCUAGAAUAUAAGGCCUUUCGGAGGAUAUCUUUUACAGAUUACCAGAGCUACGUCAUCCAUGGGUGCCUAGAGGAGAAUCCAACCUUGGAAAGAUCGAUCGCUUUAUUCAAUGGGAUCUCUAAGUGGGUGCAACUUAUGGUACUCAGCAAACAGAGCCCACAGCAAAGAGCACAAGUAAUAACCAAAUAUAUUUACAUUGCACAGAAAUUACUUCAGCUCCAGAAUUUUAAUACACUGAUGUCUGUGGUUGGUGGACUAAGCCACAGCUCCAUAUCACGUCUCAAAGACACUCACGCCCAUCUCUGUGCAGAUGUCACAAAGGUCUGGGAUGAAAUGACUGAGCUGGUCUCAUCUAAUGGAAACUACUGCAACUAUCGAAAAGCAUUUGGCGAGUGUGAGGGAUUUAAAAUUCCUAUUUUAGGGGUUCACUUGAAAGACUUAAUCGCCGUGCAUGUCAUUUUCCCAGACUGGAUAGAUGACAAUAAAGUUAACAUUGCUAAAAUGCAGCAGCUGUAUGUAACCUUCAAUGAACUGGUUUCCCUUCAGAGUGUGUCUCACCACCUAGAGACCAGCAUGGAUUUGAUCAAUCUGCUAACGUUGUCACUGGAUUUGUAUCACACUGAAGAUGAUAUUUACAAGCUCUCCUUGGUGCUUGAGCCACGGAAUCCUAAAUCGCCAACUUCACCAACAACUCUGAACAAGCCAGUUGUACCACUUGACUGGGCAGCAGUAGUAACUACAAAGCCUGAUCCCAAUAUUAUCAGCAAGCACAUCCGCAAACUUGUUGAGUCUGUUUUCCGAAAUUAUGACCAUGAUCAUGAUGGAUACAUUUCCCAAGAGGAUUUUAAGAGCAUAGCUGCCAACUUCCCUUUCCUGGACUCCUUCUGUGUUUUAGACAAAGACCAAGACGGACGAAUCAGCAAGGCUGAAAUGAUGGCAUAUUUUCUUCGGGCUAAAUCCCAGUUUCAUUGUAAACUAGGGCCUGGAUUUAUUCACAACUUCCAAGAAAUGACUUAUUUAAAGCCAACGUUCUGUGAGCACUGUGCAGGAUUUCUGUGGGGUAUAAUCAAACAAGGAUUCAAGUGCAAAGAUUGUGGUGCGAACUGUCACAAGCAAUGCAAAGAUCUGUUAGUGUUAGCAUGUCGGAAGCAUUCCAGAGGAGCCUCCACUAACCGGAAUAAUGGCUCUCUGCCAAGCAGUCCAUCACUCGCACCAGCUCAGGAUGAAGUUUUUGAAUUCCCAUCAAGAGGAAGAGAACAUCAAGAUUUGGAUGGAAGAGCUAUAACUCUGCUUACUGGCUCUGCUAGAAAAAUCUCUGUGCGUUUGCAGCGUUUCACCACUAGCCAGGCAACCCAAACAGAUCCAGUGUGGCCUGAUUCUGCCUGGAGUGACAGUGGAUCUCAUACAUUUCCGAAAAUGAAAUGCAAGUUCUAUGGAAAGUCUACAAAGAACAAAGCAUUUGCCAAAUGGGACAAUGAAAAUUCAAGCUUGGAAAGCAACAUGGACCUUAUUGAAGUACACACUACUGAAAAUACCCCAGAGCAGACUGAAAUAGAAACCAAGGAGCAGAUACAAAAGUAUAAUGAGGAUAGUUGAUUUACACUUCUUUCCAUGGAUGUCCUGUGAAGACAACACCUUUGGCUGGAAGAAGACAUAAGCAACAGUAUGGAACAAACUGAGCUCUUCUUGACUGUAACAAUGCAAUAUGUCUUCUUUGACCAGGAACAUUACUGUAUGUCUCUCCUUCAACCACUAACUGCACUUGGAGUGGAAGAACCUCAACAGAUAUUUAAUGGAUCUCAAACAAAUUCUUCAACUCUCUCUGUUCUUUACCCACACUACAUUCCAUGUUUAAAUAGUAUUGCAACUGUGUAAAGCUAUAAAUUAUAUUUAUCUCUCUGUGAA